UACAGCGCUUCUGGGAGCCGCGGAUAGCUGUGUAUAAUGCUCGGUCGGAAUGGCCCGCUGGUUCAAGGAGCACCUGGGUUUCAAAACCUCCAAAGCCCCGCCGCCCGCGCCUCCCAAGCCGGACUACAGGCACUUCCAGGCCGGCCGUGUGCGCUCCGCCAGCCGCUUCCCCCCGCUCCAGCAGCUCCAGCAGCAGCCAGACAUCCUGACCGCAUACAAGCUGCAGAAAGACUUGGACUUCGAGGACCCGUACACGCCGGGCGGAAACGCGUCUUUCACGGGCAGCCUGGGCUCCUCCGCAGGCGCUCCGGAGGUCCGGUUCGGGUCUCCGAUACACCGGCUCAUCAAGGUGGAGGCGGCUGAGCGGAGCGCCUCGAGCCCGGGCAGCAGCAGCGGAGUCACCGCGGUCAAAACACCCACAUCCCCGCCCGCGGAGCCCGACAACUGCGGGGGAAAAGCGGACAAGCUGAUCAUCCUGGAGGAUUAUGCAGACCCGUUUGAUGCUGCGGAUCAGGCGGGCGGCACACAGACCAUCGCAGAAAAACCCCAGAGAAUGAUGGGUACAUGGAGCCCUAUGAAGCCCAGAAGAUGA